CGCACACUUCGUGGCAAAACGUUCUAUAAAGACCAAGACAAAAUCUACUGUGAAGAGGACUACCUUUACUGUGGGUUCCAACGAAUGGCAGAGAAAUGUACCGUUUGUGGCCAUAUCAUUGCUCAAACUAUCCUUCAAGCCAUGGGCAAAUCCUACCACCCUGGGUGUUUCAGAUGCACAGUUUGCAAUAAGUGCCUUGAUGGAGAUGCCUUUACAGUUGAUGCCGAGGGUCGUAUCUUUUGUCUUUAUGAUUUUUACUUGGCUACUGCACCCACCUGUGCCGCCUGUGCUAACCCAAUCCUCCCUGAUUCGCCCGCUGACGAAGUUCUUCGAGUUGUCGCCAUGAAUAAGGAAUUCCAUAUUGAAUGCUAUCGUUGCGAGGACUGCAAUCUCCUCCUCUCCGAUGAAGUAUCCUCACGUUGCUAUCCGUACAUCGAGACGAGUAAUAGUGAACUUCCCGGUCGAACUCACCUCCUCUGCUUGAAAUGCCAUUUAGCACGUAUCGGUGCCACCCCCGCCCCUGGCCAAAACCUUGACAUUCUCCUUCAGCAACGUGGAGCGGGGACUGGUCCACAGCGUCGGGGUUCUAACGGGUCAUCUUCUCUAACUCCCUCCAGUCUCUCCUGUGACAUUGGUCCUGGUAGUUCGGGCGCCCCUUCUGUACCCACUUUCGGCAGUAAACCCCUCUUGACUUCUUCAGGUGAUCGAUCUUCUCCCUUCUUCACAGAACCACGGCGUGGAAUUUCGAGAUCCUGGCUUCAUGGAAGACCAGCGGGUUAUUAUGGCGAAGGUGAUGGACGAUAA